ACCACAACAAGUAGAUGCCGGCGCACCAGAUUUGUUUACAAAAGUGUCUCUCGAUCUGAGAGAAUUGUCAUUCUCAAAGAUGUAUCGUCAAUUUAAAGAGUUCGUCGAUACAAAGAAUUUAGAAGAACUUAAAAAUCUGAUUGAUAAAGCAGACUCGGCCGAGCUCUGUAGUAUAAUCCUCCCAAGAAUUGCUAACAGCGAUGGCCCAGCUAUUCUUGACCAACUGUUAUCUCACUUCUCCACCUCCGAAGUCUCCCAAUCAAAGCACAGAAAGCUCGUAGAAGCAAUCCUAAAGAGCCUACGAACAGCAAAAGUGAGUACUUCUCACGUGAACGCCUUAUUAAACCGAAUAAUCCAAGACUUGCCCAAGUACUCGAAGCUUCAACUGACGAAAAUUGUCGAUUACUGUCUUAACAGCCUUCGCUUAAAUGACGACGAUUUUUUCUGCUGGAGGGAGAUCCUUCCCAUCACCUUGCAAAUCCUCGAGGACGAGAAGUACAUAAAUUACAAGGGAAAUGAGGUGACAGGCUCAGAGUACAAAUCCCUGAUUAUUCAGUCCAUCUGCAAUCAGCCAUGGGACCUGGGAACUGUCACAUCCCUGGCAAAAAUGUUUGGCGAGAUGAGAAUGGACAAGAACGAUCAUGGAUUGGUGAUAAGAGCCCUGUGUGAUAAAAUACCUGAGAUGGAUCACAAGGAGAUGCCACCACUGGUGCAUCAGAUACUGAGACUCAGUGACAAUGUGGAUGGAAGAUUAGUUAUUGGGAUAUUGCAGAAAUAUUUUGAGAGGUUGUAUACUGCUGUUGAUAAGGAGACACCGGAGACAGUGGAGAGCAUAGGUGAGGUCAGUCUGAAGGAGAUCCAAGACACUGAGAGCACGGUGCUCUACCACAUUCGUCAGUCAGCCCUUCUGAACCACUCAAGUCUCAAGGACUUUGUCAAGAAUCUGAAGAACGUGACAAAUGCUCCCGAAUUCAUUCUUGAGCCCUUCCCCAUGUCCGUUCUACUCAUGAUUUCGGAUAUCUACACUGACCAGAUCUUCGACAUUAUCAAGCAGGCGUUGAUGAGGAAGAUUCAGGAUGACGAGCGCAGGAAGACCUCCUUCUGGGUCAAGAAUGUCCUUCCCGAUAGUUCGGUUGUCAUGGAUAUCAUGGGUCAGAUCAUUGAGAACAGUAGUAAGGACAGACAUCUGGUGCUACAGGGACUGUUGGAUCUUGCGUUUGUACUCAUGGACACUGGCAAGGCUAGGGAUGGCGAGGAGAAUCUCCUGCACGAGGUGGGGGUGAAGAUCCUGCAAAAGUUGAUGAAGAAGAGGCACGAAAUAGUGCCUAUUGUCCUCCAAAAUCUUACGGAUAAGAUUGUCGCUGGGGGUACUGCCAUCUCGCAUUAUAUUGAAUGCCUGGCAUACAUGUGUCGCCGAGCAACAUUCAUGGUUCAUCAAUCCCAAGUUCCGGUGUCGAACCUUCUCGAGCCACUCCUGACUAUUCCGGGGGAAGCAGCCACCCAGGUUCUCUACGCAACAGUCCCUCUUAUCCGCACGUCUUCCACAAUUCGUGACUCUCUUGUCCUCAUUCUCCGCAAGGCUCUGUACCGAAAGGGCGUUGAAACUCGAAAAAUGGCAGUGGUUGGAUUUUUGCAAUUCCUCAGCAACUUGAAGAUCACUCCAUUCAGCCUGAGCCAAUCGUCCUCAAGUAUGACCACCGGCUCCAACUCCUCGAUCUUCACUCAAGCGACGAUGGAACGAGGCAGCCAAACCAAGAAUACUCGAAGUCACAACGCCUUCUGUCAAGAGAUCCUCAUAAUCCUGACAAAAUGCUUCUCCCAUGAAGCAGAAGUUCGCCAACACCUGUAUAAGGGUCUUCAUGAGGCGGUCGCAGCGAAUCCAGAAUUGGCGGAGGCAGCAAUCGAGCUCCUAUUGUCUCACUUUGCAGACUUCUACGAGUCUGAUGAGGCUGUAAAGCCCCCCGUGAAGUUCGAGGAUUGCACGGGUGUCACAGGACCCGAAGCCGUCCUCCAGGAGCCCAUAGGACACUUGAUGUUCUCUCUACAGCAGAUGUACUGCACUGUCGCUAAUAAGAACCUAGAGGCCCUCGAUAAGUUGAGCAAUGUCCUGGAGUCUUUGUGCAAGAGAAUGAUUCCUUCAGCCCUCGAUGAUCUUCGAGUUGAUGAGAGGCCAGAUCUCCUGGACAACAGUUCCAAAUCUCAACAGAGAGUCAACUCCAUUAAGCUCUCUGUAGGUUGCUUGGAAGCUCUGAUUGCCUACCGAUUUGGCAGCUGGUCCAAAGACAAUGAGACUGUUGCUCAGAAUGUCUACAAUUUAUUCAAGUCCUACAACGAGAUCCUAGAGUUCUGCCGGUCUGUCAAUAAACCAUCAAAACAGAAGAAGGACAAAGGAAAGAAGGACAAGGAUCAUGACACAACGAUGAAGAGGGGACCCAAGGGGGGAAUUAAACUCCCUCCAACUAUCCUCAACAUUGAUAUUAUUUACAAGAUGCUUUCGUUAUUGUAUGAUCCUAAUGUCGCUUGGGCAACUAACGAACAGGCUAAUCAUCUGAAAAAACGACCUGACUUUCACACCUACUGCCUUCACAUUUGUGUUCAGAUAUUCCAAAGUGCAAAGACCCUGAAAAAUGUUGAACGUAUGAAGCAUCGGGAUGUGCACGAGAAGGAUUAUCUCAAAAUUGGAGAGUUGCUGUACAAAAAUAUUGUUUGUGAUUUGGACAGAGUCCGAGAGUUCGAUGAUGAAACUGCUGUUCUAGGGUUGGAGUGUUUCAAAGAGUACUGUGAUGUCAUGUGCACAUUGUUCAGUACCAGUCUGUCCAAGUUUCUGGGGGAAAUCUGUGCCCCAUCACCAUCAGAAGGGCUCAGUGCUCAAUUCAAUACUUUGAUUUGUGCAUUACAAGCUCUGAUUGAUAGUUAUUACGAAGAGGAUAGCGAGGAAGAGAGCAAUAAAAUUCCAUUCAUACUGAUGGAGACAGUGGCUCUACUGUUGAAUAAAGCUGGGGUAUCUGCUGGUAGCUUUGGAAAUACCUUCCAGUGGCUACAGAAAAUGUCGAAGGUGGAAAAUAUUGACCCACAGAUUGCCCUGAUUAUUCUACAGUUGAUCACAAUUAUUGAGGAACGUGAGGCUGAUUAUGGCAAGGUGUUGGAUGAGAUGUGUGUGGAUCUGUGCAAGAAACUGGGGACCAUUGAUGAUAAUAACAUCACCGUGAAGGAGAGCUACAGUAUUUUGACAGAGAGCACCACGACACAAGCUCACAGUAUUUUUAAUAAUUCUCUGAAGAACAAGCUGACCAAUGCAUCGUGGAUUUUGGGGAGACUGAAGUCUGAGCAUGUGGUAGCAAUCUCCCCGGGAAUUGGGGAUGAAAAUUUCAGGGAGAAAUUGAAGGAGAAAGAGAAGAAUCUCUGCCGACAGUUGUCAUAUGUCAUUCAGACACUUCAUGAUUUGGCUAAUGCAGAUAUCGAUCCGGGACCGAAUACUGACUUGACGUUUAAAAAUCUUCAUCAACUUUAUGGGCUUCUCAACAACUUGACUAAAUACUUCAGCAGCAAAUCGACACAGCAGAAUCCUGCAUUUGAAGCUGUGAAGUUUAUUCAGGUUGUAAAGCUUGCUGGAAAACCAUUGAAAGCUACUUUCUAUAACUUGGUAACGCACACUGAGGAAAAGCAGAACAGUAGCAAGAAGGCUGAUGCUCAUGCACAGAAGAAUAAAGUGUUGAAGGAGACUAAGUUUAUUCCCAAAGUCGUUUACGAGAUUGAGCAGUUUCAUAAGGAAAUUUUGGCGCUUGAGAAGAAGACUCGGGUGCCACUGGAGAGUUAUCUUAAACACAGUAUCACAAGAGAUUUCAGGAUUAAACAUCCGCAGUUGGUGGAAGGUCUGGAGAGGCUGGAUCCUAGUCAGAUGAUGACAAUGACUCAGAACACGAUGAGAAAUAACGAAACUCAGGAUCACCUUGAUCUAUCAGACGAUGAUUCCAGUGUUUUGGAAGAGAGUCACGAGCCAACCCCGAAGAAACCAAAACGCGAAGUCAGCCCUUAAAUAUCGGAGAUUAUUAUAAAACAAUGCUGAAUGUAUUUUUCUACGAAUUUCAAAUAAAAUUUAAGCAACGAA